AUGAGUUGGUUAAACAAUCAAUCAAAAACGACUUCCACAACUACAACUUCAUCAUCGACAUCUCCAAAAACAGAUAAAAUGGAACCACAUACAACAGUCACAUACGAGGGUAUCUUGGAUGUUGCCAAGAAAUCAUCACUUCACAGCUUAAAGUAUAAGAAUUCUUAUGUUAGACUUGUACCAGGUGGAUUAUAUGUAUAUCGUACUGAACAGGAUGAUGAUUUUAAAUGUGUAGAUAUAGAAUUUGCAAUGUUGGAUAUUACACCGGCCAACAACACCAGACCACAUACUUUUUCAGUUAGAAAUUCAUCAAACAAAGUAACUUAUUUUUCCGCCAAUUCUCAACAAGAAUUUGAAAGUUGGACUGAACAUGUAAAGACAUGUACUGGUAAAAAGAAUGUUGGUGUACCAAUGAUCAGUAAUGAUGGUGCUGUCAAGCGUGAGGGCAGAACCGACGUUUUGUUUAGAGCAAAGAAGAAUAUCUCUGGAAAGAUCGCUUCGUCCGGCGUCGGAAAGAGCGGUCUGAAAAAGUUGAUUCCCGAGGAAGGUCGUGAGUUGAUUUCCUCGGUGAAGAAGAUCAUUCGUCGUGUCUCCAGCGAGGACAAGGCCAAUGAAAUCGAGAAGAACAUCAUCAAGAUUCUGGUCAAGGUGUUCUUCCAGAUCGAUUCAAAGACCAUCGAACUCCAGGACUUGGCCAAGGUCGACAAAGCACUGCGCGAGGCAUUCAACAACUUGGAUCGUGCAUUCCGCUUCUAUGGUGUCAAGAAAUCGACCGACUUGAUGCCAAUCUUUGAAAAGGUUUCACAGGCUCUCAAGGACGCCGAGAACGAGUCGGUGCUCCUCUUCUCACCCUAUUUGCGUCCACACAACAUUCAGAAGAUGAGAACCACUUUCGCUUUCAUCGGAUCGACCGAGUUCUUCUCCAAGGUCUGGGAUGACAUGGAAAUCGAAGAUGAUCUAUUCCUCUUGGUCAGUGCAUUAAACAAAUAUACACAAAUUGAAAUUAUACAUUAA